AUGUCGAGGGCCAACUCCAUGACUUGGGAAACCCAGCAAGAGAUGGCUACCUCGAGGCAACUCCAGGUAGAAAGUUGGCAUAUCCCCGGAAACCGGCAAUCUAUAAAUUACAAUCUUAUGUCGUACGAAUCGAGGAGGCUGCUGAACCUGGCCGAGGAUCUUGCGGCCUGCGAAGAAAGCUCCAUCAUGUCCGAAAGCCAUUUCGAAGUAUCGCCAAGCACGUGGAAGAGCUCUCACCCACACCAGCCACCCGUCUCCCAGCUUCCGCGAGCCAACUCCGAUGUAUCACUCUACGCACCAGUGCGGCGACGGUCGAUGAUCCAAACGCCAGGUCUUGCAACGCGCUUACCGACGGACUAUUCUGCUUCAAGGAGGUCAAGCUUGCGCUACAGUGUUCCGACAACUCCAGCGGGCGGGCGCUCGCGAAUGAACUCGAUCGAGUCGAGCGCUUAUCCUAUACAACCAGUGACCGAGCUUUUCUCCGAGCCCGACUACUUGCCUCCGCCAGUAACAGAACCCAUUGAAAGGGCUUUGACGCCUUCGGACAUGGAUUAUCGGCCACUUGGUGCCAUGAAGUUCGGUUCAUUACGUAUCACGAAUGGAGUCGCCAGUCCCCUCCCAAGUCCGGAUUUUGAGCCCCAGGCUAAGUUCGAAGUGCCGGAGAAGUCGCAAGGCGGGAACGAAGAGUACUUCAGUCGGGAUGCUGAGCCGGGCAAGUCGGAGAGUGACAGCAAGAACGUCGAAAUCACCGUGUCGGCAGUCCAUGCCAGCACUGCUCUUAGUCCCAUCAAUAUGUCUUUCCUUAAGGUGGAAUCGCGGAGGCAGGGUCCCAAUUCUCCAGAGUUACAAACCACUUCCAAGCACACUGCUCUGGAAGACGAGCUUUUCGAAGACGACGUGGAAAUGGAGUACUCAGCCGAGGUUCUAACUGUCAGAAAUGACCCGAAUGCGAAACCAAGUCUCGAACGACUGCGUGCGGAACAGUCCCAGAAGAAUUCCCAAUCAAUUGUUCGCACUGACAGCGGAGUCGUUGCUAGCCCAACCAUUGAGCAGCCGAAGCCCCUGUCCAAGGCUGAUUCAGGCUACAGCUCGAAUGUCUCACUUAGGUCAUUCCAUGCCAAGCAGUCUGCUUCAGGGGUCGACCAGCGCCGCCGUACUGCAUCCGAGGAUUCGAGCGAUGAGCAGUCAGACGAUGUUGCAUCCCCGGUCGAGGCAGUCAGCAACGAACGCCCAACUGCUGGCCCUUCCAAUGCCGACGGCCUCGCUACUGAUUCUUUGCAACCUGCAUCUAUUCCUCCGUCUCUGCAACCCAAGGACGCUUCUUCUGCUUCUCUGAAAAGCCCUACAAUGGCCACUUCGCCGGCCAGAUUCUUCUUCAACCUGAACGCAGGUCAUUCUUUCCGUAAAGACCGCAAGGCUUCUGCGGGGAUUGACAGUGCCAAAUCGGCCAAGGAAGCGUUCACAUCUCCGGAGUCCGUCCAGUCGGGCGGCGCUAGCCCCGAGGGUUCGACCUCCGCUUUGAGUAUCGGGACCGGUUCGCGACGUGCAGGCAAAUUCCAAAGGUUCAUCAAUGGAUCCGGCAUGCGGGGACCGCCUGCUGUUCACGCGACGCACCCUUCUGACAAGCCGGUCCCCUCCGUGCCCCAGGAUGUGCAGGUGAAACUUGGCGAGCACUCUGAGCGGUUUCCGACAACGACUAAGCGCCUGACUCUUCGCACCCAGGCCAGCAAGGACACGCUCAACACUAUCCUUAGUGUUGGCAGCAUUGUUCCCGGUCACGUCGAGGGUCAGCAAGGGUCUCUGCUUCUGGCCGACAGCAAUCAGGUGGCUGGGGAGCCCGUCGCUGAAGCGCCUCAGCCUCUCGAGAAGCCCAAGACACCCAGACACCGCUCUUUCCAGUCGGUACCGGCCUCCAUUGCGCACGCUGCUGCCUCUGUAAUGCCUCGGCGCUCCCUCCAUCGCAAACCGCUCCCUUCCACUUCCAAGGACAGGACGGAGUUCGUCGGAGAGGCAAGGGCCGACGAGAUCCAGGUUGGUUUCGAGUCGAGCAUCACUGCCAUUGGCAACGUUGGCGAAAGUCUCGGUAAGAGCGCUUUCGACCAGGCUUUCAUGGCGCUGCCCAGUCAGCAGCCUGUUCGUGCCGCGCGUGAACGGACAAUGACAAUGACGGCGCAAAUGGAGCGCGAUUUGAGCAUGUCAUUCUAUUCCGCCGAACCGAUGCCUUCAACCGCUCAACAGCCCAAUCGGCGGGCCUCACAAAACUUGGAGGUUCUGGAUGCGGUGGCCAAGAGGAGGUCAUCGCCGCCGAUCAGUCUCCACACUCGAAACACCAGGAACACCCGAAAGCAGGCCCCGCGUCCCAAGUCCGCGCAUUCCAAUGAACCGAAUCAGUCAAGGAGGCAGACUUUGCCCAGACGCGCCAGCCGCGAGACCAUUCACAGCUAUCCAUCGACCUCGGCGGCAGCAGCGCUGGACGAUGCGCUGUCUGUGCCGCCCAUUCCCCGAUGA